GGGCGGAGGCGAGACCGGAACAGAGCCGGCGAAGCCUCUCCUGCCAUCUCAGCACCUCGGGGUGCUGCCCCUGCCCUGGGACCCCACGCCAAGGCAGGAUGGAGGAUUUGGAUGCUUUGCUGGCAGAGCUGGAGCAGAGCUCCUGCCUGGCCUCCAAGGACCGUGAGCUGCAGGGACCAAGCUCCUGCCAGGAUGCCCAGCAUGGCACCCUGAAGGUGCCACUGCCACCCCGAGCUCAGCCUCCAGGAGAAGGUUUGGAUUCAGUGUACAGCACCCCUGUGCCAGUCCCAAAGCCGCCGCUCCCCUCGCCCCCACACACGGAGGCCGCCCGGCAGCUGGAUGAGCUCCUGGCCGACCUGGGCCACACGCAGAGCAAGGUGAGCCUUGGCCCUGGGACAGGAGCAUGGGGGGUUUGGCCCUCACCCAGACCUCACCAUCCUCCUUCCCCGCAGCUGGCAGCUGCAGGGCAGGGAGCCGGGGUGCCCACGGAGUCCUUGCUGGACAACAUGCUGGACAGCCUCACCCGGGACCUGCAGGAGCUGGGCAUCACGGCCGCGCCCGCCGGCCUCUGCGGCGCCUGCCGCAAGCCCAUUGCUGGCAAGGUGCUCACAGCCCUGGGCAAAACCUGGCACCCCGAGCACUUCACCUGCGCCCGCUGCGGGCAGGAGCUGCACAAGGGGCCCUUCUUCGAGCAGGGCGGGUGGGCGUUCUGUGAGGAGGAUUAUCACCAGGCCUUCUCCCCGCGCUGUGCCUACUGCGCUGGCCCCAUCCGCCAGAAAGUCCUCACGGCCCUGGAGCAGACCUGGCACCCCGAGCACUUCUUCUGUGCCCACUGCGGGAAGGUGUUUGGAGAUGAGGGGUUCCUGGAGCGCAAUGGGAAGCCGUACUGCCACCAGGACUUCCUGGCCAUGUUCGCCCCCAAAUGCCAGGGCUGCGAGCGCCCUAUCACGGACAACUACCUGUCGGCCCUGCAGGGUGUCUGGCACACCGAGUGCUUCGUGUGCACGGAGUGCCUGACUGGCUUCACCAGCGGCUCCUUCUUCGAGCUGGAGGGGAGGCCCUACUGCGAGCUGCACUUCCACCAGCGGCAGGGCACCAUCUGCCACGGCUGCGGCCGCCCCGUCACCGGGCGCUGCAUCACGGCCGCGGGGCGCAGGUACCACCCCGAGCACUUCGUCUGCAGCUACUGCCUGGGCCGGCUGCACAAGGGCACCUUCCGCGAGUUCGACGACAAGAUGUACUGCCAGCCCUGCUAUGACAAGCUCUUCCUCUGAGCCCAGCACACAGCCUCGCUGCCUGGAUGGCCCCAGCAUGGUCCCCACCAUCAACAUGCCUGGCACUGUCCCUGCUGACCCAAACACGCCUCAUGUCCCGCCCAUCAACAUCCCUGGCGCUGGUCCAGCUCAGCCAACUGUCCCCAGCCUUGUGUCUGCCAAGGAAAGCAUCAUUCCUUGUCCCCCUCCCUGCAAGAUAUCCCUGGCCUUGCU